AUGGAAAACGUGAGGCAGCCGCCAGUCUCAUUUCAACCUAAAUAUCAUCAAAUUUGUCAGUCAGACUUUAUUACUAUGCAAUGGAUAAAUAACGUUGAGUAUGACGUAUCAUUACUUGUCAUAACAAACGAAGAUGAUUUUCGACAAAUAGCAAGUGUUGCAUUUCAACUAUUAUCAAAAUUAUGUGAGUUAACUCAAGAAGCAGUUAGUUAUCAGUUAGAUAUCUUUAAUUUAACAAAAUUCAUAUCAGUUAAUGUUAUUUCAAAGACUUUCUUUGAAUCGCAAGCAGUAAAAACUAUUAUUACAUUUAAACAAACAAUAAUAAAUUCAUUUAAAAGAUCAUUACUAUUAAUUCAAAGUACAACACAAGGAAAUACAUUAAUGUCUUAUCUAUUAACAAAUACAGUGUUAGUGGCGGCGCAUCCACUAGAAUAUGCAUCGUAUGAGGAUUAUAUUUAUGAUUAUGAUCGCAUUUAUAAUACGACAACGAAUGAAUCAUGUGGUUGUAUAGAAACACGUAGUUGCUUUCAACAACCUGCGAUUUAUAGUAUAAAUUCUCCUUAUUAUGAUAACCAUUAUUAUUGUUAUGUUUCGAGUAACAUAGCACUUAUUUGGCGUAUACCAGGAAUUUACGUGGGAUGUUAUAUUGUUGAUGCUGUAUUACAUUCUGAUCUUCAGUGUUUCUAUGAUCAGACAUGUUUAUCAUCACUACUCAAUGGUAUACAAUAUCCAUUAAAUAACAAUGUUACAAUUCUCAAUUCGUCUUUAACAACUCAGUAUAAUACAGCUACAACAGUUGGUGAACUGGUACAAAAUUUAAUGAUUGAACAAUGGAAUAAUAACGCAUCAUACGAAUUCUAUUCCAAUACCUGUCAACCACAAUAUUGUACUUAUUCAUAUGUGAGUCGAAGUACACCGAUAUUUAUCAUUAUAACAAUCAUUGGUUUAAUUGGUGGACUUACAAAAGUUUAUAAACUUUUAGUACCAUUAAUUGUACGUUUGAUUCGUCGAUACAUUUGGUGGCCAUAUUUUGAACGAAAACUAGUGUGGAGCGAUAAUACCGUUCCUCCUGUACCGCAGCCAGUUUCAGCUUCUUCGGUAACUGUUGGUGAUGAUAAACUUGCAACAAUCUCAAUAUAA